CGCACACGCCUCCUACCCAAAUCACAGCCCCGUGGAGCAGGGGCUCUCAUUCACAGCUUUCUAGAGAAAUCUGAGCCCGAAGCUGCCAGAAUAGGGGAUCUCACCCACUCAACUCAGCAGCGAGGACACCUGCAGAAACACAUUCCCAGAGCAAGGCUGAGCUGCCGUGUGAAGUUAGUAAUGGCUCCAGUUUUGCUUCUAUUUUGGAUGGCUACUACCACAUAGAAUCCUCAUGUUCUCCUGCUUUCCAGUAAUGUGACAAAAGAAGACCUUUUAUAUUUUAAUUCAGAGGCAGCUUGUUUGUAAAACACAGAAACUGAACUGUUAUAUGGGUAACAAUUCCAGCAGGGUAUCAGGUGAAUGGGACCAUUCUCUCUUCUCAAAGAUCAGAGGUUAAGCACUUGGAAAGGAGUUUUUGCCAAGAUGACCCAUUUACAGGCUGGACUUAGUCCAGAGACUAUAGAGAAAGCUCGCCUGGAACUAAAUGAAAACCCAGAUAUUUUACAUCAAGACAUUCAGCAAGUCAGGGACAUGAUUAUCACCAGGCCUGACAUUGGAUUUUUACGUACAGAUGAUGCCUUCAUUCUGAGAUUCCUCCGGGCCAGGAAGUUUCACCAAUCAGAUGCCUUUAGACUCUUGGCUCAGUACUUCCAGUAUCGCCAGCUAAACUUGGACAUGUUCAAAAACUUCAAAGCUGAUGAUCCUGGCAUUAAGAGGGCUCUCAUAGAUGGAUUCCCUGGAGUUCUGGAAAACAGAGAUCACUAUGGCAGGAAGAUUCUUCUGCUGUUUGCUGCCAAUUGGGAUCAGAGUAGGAACUCCUUCACAGACAUCCUUCGUGCCAUCCUGCUGUCAUUGGAAGUCCUUAUUGAAGAUCCAGAGCUUCAGAUCAAUGGCUUUAUUUUAAUUAUAGACUGGAGUAAUUUUUCCUUCAAGCAAGCUUCCAAACUGACUCCUUCAAUACUCAAACUGGCCAUUGAAGGGUUGCAGGACAGCUUUCCUGCCCGCUUUGGAGGAGUCCACUUUGUCAACCAGCCCUGGUACAUUCAUGCCCUGUACACUCUCAUCAAGCCAUUCCUUAAAGACAAAACCAGGAAACGGAUUUUCCUGCAUGGAAACAAUUUAAAUAGCCUUCACCAAUUAAUACAUCCUGAGUUUUUACCCUCUGAAUUUGGAGGAACCCUUCCUCCUUAUGACAUGGGGACUUGGGCCCGGACGUUACUUGGUCCUGACUACAGCGAUGAAAAUGAUUAUACUCAUACUUCUUAUAAUGCAAUGCAUGUGAAACAUACAUCCUCUAAUUUGGAAAGAGAAUGCUCACCGAAACCAAUGAAGAGAUCUCAGUCUGUGGUAGAAGCUGGAACCUUGAAACAUGAAGAGAAGGGAGAGAAUGAGAACACGCAGCCCCUGCUAGCUCUGGAUUGAAUCCCAGGUCAUUCCUUCGCUCCUGCAUAUCGCCAGCCUUUAGUGGUGUCAGCCACCCAGAAAGCACACGUGCCACUGACCCACAUAGACACGUGUGCUCAGCUAGACACCAGUCCUCACUCCUGCUACCCAGUAAUGACUGUCACCAGCUAUCGGUCUAAGGAGCCAAAUAAAGACUUGAGAGAGGCUUGGGUUUUAUUCCCUCCAGUGAAGGGACUGACUGACUGGAGAAUGAAGCAAGGAAGGUAUUUAUGUAAACAAGAUUUUCUCCUCCUCCCAUAUUUAAGGCACUAAAUGAACUGAAAAAAAAAAAAAAAAAGAAAAAGAAAAAGAAAAAUGAAAUCUGAUGUGUACACUGCAUUAGGAUAAGGAUUUUCCUGAGGCAGCACAGAGGCCCUGUCUAGUUUUGCAGUUUAAGAUUAAGUGCAUUUUCAAGUCGAUAUAUUAGAAUUAAGCUGUGCAGACACGAUUGUCAAGUUUCAAUGUAGUGCAAAGCCCCGAGACAAUAGUAUCUUCCAUGAUUCCCAUUCUCAUUAGAUUAUUUUCCUUGACCUCAUCACCAGCAUUAAAUUGUUCAGCUUAAAAGCAUGUUCUCCUAGGUCUGGCUAUUUGCAGAGUUUGCUUCUUUGUUAUCCUGCAAAAAUGGUUUUGACAUUCCCUCUUUUGUCAGACCACCAGCUAAAAAUCAUGAGCUGUCUUGAAAUGACAUACAACAUGAAAUAUUAUGAUUUCAUCAUAACAGCGUGACUUUCCUACAGGCAAUGUGUGUUUGCAGGGGUGGGAUUGGGUCGCUGAAAACACAUGUCAGUGAUUAAUGAAUCCACUCAAGUUACCUCACUUGGGUCACUACAGUAAAGAAAAGUGCUCUGAAAGCAUUUAACCCUCCUGCCCUCUUGCAACCACUUAACAAUGUGGAGAAAGGGUCUGGCUGAGAGGGUAGGUAUUUAAUUAUAGAGGAAGAUCCAAAAGAAUGGCAAAGUAUGCAAGUGCUGAAAAUAAGACUAGGAAUACAGGAUGAAAUGCCAAAGAUCAUUUAUUUCUGUGUCUAUUCUCCUUAGAAAUGGAUUCCCCAACUAUUCAAAGGAAAUUAAAUAAAAAAAUAAGAAGAUACCAUAUGAUAUGAUAUAUCCAUACAUGUUUUCCCAAAACAGCUGUAUGUUUUUUAAAAAUGAUAUUUAUUAUUCCUCCGGUUAUCUGCAUGACAUGGGCAUUUGUUAGUAUGACCCAUUGGUGCUCAAUGUCAAAUCAAACUAUUCUAAUAGAAAA